UAAUAAUUUAAUAACGUCAAUAUACUUGACGGAUACCAUGUACUCACCUUGAGCCUCUAGCCUACCUAACAUUAGCAAGAGCCUCAACCUUCCCCCCCAUUUCUUUUCUCUUUUACUUUUUCGUAUUUCCUCUCUCCCCCAAAGUUAAUUGGGAGGGUGAGAAUGGGGGUUGUCCGUUCUUUGAGACGAUCCACAUCACUAGAUUCGUUGAAAGUGGUGAAUGCCAACUAGUUGGGUCGCUACGUGAUUGUGAGUCUGGGCAUGAUGCAGCGAGCCAAGCGUAAUAGAACUCGGCGGGAGGGUGAUGGUGACACCAGACGAUCUUUUCAUUGCAACUAUGAAGGUUGCGGUAAAUCUUUCUCGCGGUCUGAGCAUCUCCAUCGUCAUCAAAAGAACCAUACGGAUGGAAAUGCGACUUGUCCGCGCUGCCGCGCCCACUUCAAACGUCAAGACCUUCUAGAAAGGCACAUGAACCGGCAUAAACAGAAGGAUGAAGAAGCCGGAGGCGCAGGUGUCGGUACGCUGAACACGCGUAAGCGCAUGUGGAAAGACCACGACGGACGGAUUGUCCAGAAGAAGCCAGUAGAACAGAAUACGUCUUGUGGUAGCAGUAGCAGUAGUAGUGUGGGAGUGUCGUUUGUAUCUCAGGCAGAAGGUCCCAUUUCACCUCCUGUGUCAACCCAUAAUUCGGAUCACCAAAGCGAGAACGACCCGGCGACAAAUACGGCUUUCGCCCAUGGCCAUAACCUUUUAUCAGAUUAUGAGCUUUUAAAUGGACAAUUAGGUUCUCAUGCUGAUAGCGGUUACUGGAUUGCGCCCGAGACAUUACAACCUCCAUUCUUCGAUAUAAACUACGAUGAAGUAUUCCAGCCGGAUACGGCGAGUUCGUUUAAUAUGCCAUAUACGACGCAAGUAAAUUAUGACUGGUUGUUUAGUCUUGAUAAUAAUGUUCCGAGCGCUGCUGUUCCGCACCCCCCUUAUGUUUCUACUCCGUCCUUGGGUACCUUAUAUACUGGCGUUCAAAAUCACCCCCCUAGUUUGAGUCAAGACAACUUCUCGCCAGGGGCUAGGCCUUACACCGGGGGCAUGCCUGAGAACUCUUUAACAUCUAUAGGAUCCCUCGACUGUAUGCCUUCUAGGGAGAACACUGAAGAUAUUGCAACUCCUGGCUCCUCUGAUAGGACGGCGGUUAGCCUCUCACCGGCAGCUAAGCAAAUUCACCAGGGUCCAGGGGGCUUUCGCGAAGCAGAAAUCGAGCGUCCCCUGUCCACUCUUCAACCGUCGAGCCAUCUAUCGUGCAUAGACGAAUACACUUACAGCAAGAUUUUAGAAACUAUCGAGACUGCAAAGCCGGUAGCCCCCAAUGGGGCCCUCCUCGACGUCAACCAUCCGUUGAUGUCGCAGCUUUCAUUGCAAUCUUAUUUGGACCUAUACUUCAGCAAGUUCAACACCGCAUACCCGCUGAUACACCAAGCUACCUUCGAACCAAGCAAAAGCGAAUCGUUACUACUUCUGUCUAUGAUUCUACUUGGAGCUACCUACUCUGAGAAAGAAGCACAUCAACUGGCUGUCUGCAUACACGAUGUAAUCCGCCCAGCAAUAUUUUCUCAUGCGAGCUUCAACCCCAAACCAGACCUCUGGAUGCUCCAGACAAUCCUGCUAGUUGAAUGUUUUGGCAAGAGCAGGGCAGGCCAGAAGCAACACGACAUGAGCCAUCUGUUCCACGGGAUGUUGAUCAACCUGAUUCGGCGGUCUGACUGCCAGUCUGUUCGGCCAAUUCGCCCCCACGAAGAUAAAGAUAAAGAUAGCUUGGUGGCUGAUCGCAGCUGGAGACAAUGGGUAGAGGCCGAGGAGAAAAAAAGACUCGCUCUUCUAUGCUUUAUGUGGGAUACUCAGCACGCCGUUCUGUUCUGCCAAUCCCUCUGUAUGUCAGCCUUCGAACUCAGAGUCCCUUUACCCUGUAACCAAGCGCUUUGGGAAGCAUCUACAGCCGCCGAGUGGUCACGGCUCUCGCUCUUCACAGCUCCUGAGCCGAUGUAUCUUCUUGCGCUAAAGUCGUAUAUCACGCGUGAUGCUCACUAUUGCCCUCGACUAAAUGGAUUGUCGCGGAUCUUCAUCUUUCACGGUUUAAUGUCUAUUUUUUGGGACAUGCGGCGGCGAGACCAGACUAGUCUAGGCGUCAUCUCCCCGCAGGCCGGCGGGUGGCAAAGACGUCUUGGAAAUGCGUACGACGAGUGGAAGGUGGAUUUUGAUAACUUUUGUUUGCGCCUGGAGGACGUCACAUUCGCCGAGAUAAGAAAGGGCACUGUUCCAGAAAAUGCCCAAGCCGAACUGGACGUCUGGCGCGCCGCGUACAUCUCUAUAUACCAUGCUGCCCAUACCCUUCUACAUUCGGAAUUCCUUGACAUACAAAUAUUUGCGGGUGCACGGCAUAUCCUUGGACGCUCAGUUCAACGAACGGACUUUAUUCGCUCAGAGAAAGUCAUAAAACGAUGGGCUACGGGCUACACCGUCCCAGGUUCUGAAAAUAGCGACGGAUCCGCAGAUGCGGUAGCAGCGGUUUGGCAUGCGGCCCAAUUACUUCAGAGCGCAUCGCAGACGCUCGUUGAUUUCGACUCCACGGGCUUGUUUCACGUACCAUGGUGUCUUUACUUGGCCACUUUGACAGUAUGGGCAUUCCACCACACUAGUCGUAAUGGAACCAAGGGGUCUGGCCUCCGUCCCGAAGAUGAUAGUGAACUUGUUUGGGAUGCUCAAGCAGAAAUGCGCGUGCUCAUAGACUCGAUGGUUGAAGCGGGUAUUCAAGGUCUACUUGAAAUACAGGGGCUAAAGCGAACCAGCGGCCUGGUGUGGGUUAUGGCGGAAGUGUUGAGUAAAGUCCGCUGGGGAAUUGUGCAUGCCGGCGUCACUGUGCUUAAGGGCUUGAUCCCCUGGAGAUUGAUCGGGAAGUUUGACGAUACUAGUAUCUGAGUGCAUGUGCUUCGAUAUGCCCGCACAGGUAUGAUGAAAAAUCAAAAAUCAAAAAUCAAAAAUCAAAAAUCAAAAAUCAAAAAAAAAAUCAAAGAUCUACGGUUAGAAUAUCUACACGAUGAUGAGAAGUUCGAAACGCAGUUAGGGGGUCUCGUAAGGACAACUACCUACUCAAGGAAAAGGGAUGUGUGAAUUAAGAGAGCAUGUAACCCCAUGAAUGCCACCAAUAUGUGAAGUAUACCGUACAACUUGCCGAAUGCUGAUGAAAAAAAUGAACCCAUAGGCAUCGCCACGCAUACAUUUUGCUCUUUAAACCCCCCUUCCAUUAU